AUGCAGGUGCUAAGUGGAAGUGAGUUGGCUGGGGCUCUCACCGCCGGUUUCAAUUGGUUGCAGCGGUACCGGGACCCUCUUAAUGCGUUGAACGUUUAUCCAGUGCCCGACGGGGACACCGGCACCAAUAUGAUGCUCACUAUGAGGGCCGGCGUCGACAAGCUUACCGUUUCUGAAGGGGCCACUGUCGGUGAAGUUGCUGCCCAAAUAGCUGACGGCACCUUCUGGGAAGCGCGGGGAAACAGCGGCGUCAUCCUGUCCCAGUUCUUCAAGGGCAUAGCGCAGGGCCUGGAAGGCAAGGAAGUAUGCGGCAGCGGCGAACUGGCCCAGGCUUUCCGCUCGGCUACCGAGGCUGCCUAUAAGUCCGUUGGCAAUCCCGUCGAAGGCACCAUGCUGACGGUCAUUCGCUGUGUGGCCGAGGCUCUGGAAUCGAGCUUGGAGGCGGAAGGUGGGCGGCGGGGACGUUUUGGAGUUUUGGGAGACAGGAUACAAGGCAUCCCGAGAAGCCCUGGACUCCACUCCCUCCUUGCUGCCCAAGCUGGCUGA